AUGGCGGAGUUCGUGCGCGCCCAGAUAUUCGGCACCACCUUCGAAAUCACCACCAGCUCCGCCAAAGACCAAUUGACAAACCAGGCCGUCGCCGUCAAGAAGAUCAUGAAGCCGUUCAGCACGCCUGUCCUGGCCAAGCGGACCUACCGAGAGCUCAAGCUGCUCAAGCACCUGCGACAUGAAAAUGUCAUCAGCUUAAGCGACAUCUUCAUCUCGCCGCUCGAAGACAUAUACUUCGUCACAGAGCUGCUCGGCACCGACCUCCACAGACUGCUCACCUCCCGGCCCCUAGAAAAGCAGUUCAUACAGUACUUUCUCUACCAGAUCCUCAGAGGCCUCAAGUAUGUACAUUCCGCCGGCGUCGUCCACCGAGACCUCAAACCAAGCAACAUCCUCAUCAACGAAAACUGCGACCUCAAGAUCUGCGACUUUGGCCUCGCCCGUGUCCAGGACCCCCAGAUGACCGGCUACGUCUCGACGCGCUACUACCGUGCCCCCGAGAUCAUGCUGACAUGGCAAAAGUACGACGUCGAGGUCGAUGUCUGGAGUGCGGGGUGCAUCUUCGCCGAGAUGCUGACUGGUCGACCGCUCUUCCCGGGCAAGGAUCAUGUCAACCAGUUCUCCAUCAUCACCGAGCUGCUCGGGACGCCACCAGACGAGGUCAUCCAGACUAUCGGUUCUGCCAACGUGGGUGCCUUUUCUCUCUAUUUCAACUUUUCUUCUACAUUCUAG